AAAACCCAACGCAACGCAGAAAUAUCCCAUCUCGCUUCGGUUCGCCUCCCUCCGCGGCUCCCCACCCGCCCCCACACCAUGGCCACACCGCUCCUUCUCCCCUCCCGCGCUGCCCAUGCCGCCGCCACCGCCACCUGCGCCUCCCAGCACCUGACCGCGGCCACCGCGAAGGAGCCCCCGCCCCGCGUCCGGCCCAAGCGCGGCGGGGGAGCGGGCUCCAGCUCAGGCAACGGUCCCAAGAGCUUUGUCCUAUCCCACGUCGCGGCGGGCCGCAUGGACGAGGCCGCGGACGCCUUCGCGGCCGUCAGGAGCCCCGACGCGUUCCUCCACAACGUCAUGAUCCGGGGCUUCGCCAACGCGGGCCUCCCGCGCGACGCGCUCGCGGCCUACCGCGCCAUGCUCGCCGCCGGCGCGCGCCCGGACCGCUUCACCUACCCCGUCGUUGUCAAGUGCUGCGCGCGCCUCGGCGCGCUCGAGGGCCGCGCGGCGCACGCGGCCGUGAUCAAGCUCGGCCUGGUUACCGACGUGUACACGGGCAACUCGCUCGUCGCCUUCUACGCCAAGCUCGGCCUCGUCGGGGACGCCGAGAUGGUGUUCGACGGAAUGCCGGCGCGGGACAUCGUCUCGUGGAACACGUUGGUGGAUGGUUACGUGUCGAACGGGAUGGGGGCGCUGGCUCUGGCGUGCUUCCAGGAGAUGAACGACGCCCUGCAAAUGAAGCACGACAGUGUUGGGAUAAUAGCUGCUCUUGCGGCUUGCUGCCUGGAGUCGGCACUGAUGCAGGGGCGGGAGAUACACGGCUAUGCCAUCAGGCGCGGGCUGGAGCAGGAUGUCAAGGUGGGGACUUCUCUUCUUGACAUGUACAGCAAAUGUGGCAAUAUUGCGUCCGCUGAGAAUGUGUUUGCAACGAUGCCAUUGAGGACCGUGGUGACAUGGAAUUGUAUGAUAGGUGGGUAUGCUCUGAAUGAGCGGCCUGUGGAUGCAUUUGAUUGUUUCAUGCAAAUGAGAGCAGAGGGGUUUCAGGUGGAAGUGGUCACUGCUAUCAAUUUGCUUGCUGCCUGUGCUCAAGCUGAAGGUUCACUGUAUGGAAGGAGCGUUCACGCUUAUGUGAUUCGCAGACAUUUUCUUCCUCACGUGGUGCUUGAAACUGCUCUUCUGGAGAUGUAUGGAGAAGUUGGUAAAGUGGAAUCAUCCCAAAAAGUAUUUGAUCAGAUAACAGACAAAACUCUGGUAUCAUGGAAUAAUAUGAUUGCCGCCUACAUGUACAAGGAAAUGUAUUGGGAAGCCAUCACAUUGUUCCUGGAGUUACUGAAUCGACCACUUUAUCCUGAUUAUUUCACCAUGACGACAGUAGUACCAGCAUUUGUCUUGCUAGGGUCACUAAGGCAAUGCAGGCAAAUGCACAGCUACAUUAUCAAGUUAGGCUAUGGAGACAACACUCUCAUUAUGAACGCAGUUGUGCAUAUGUAUGCAAGGUGUGGCGAUAUUGCGGCCUCAAGGGAGAUAUUUGACAGAAUGCCAGGCAAGGAUGUGAUCUCCUGGAACACGAUCAUUAUAGGAUAUGCGAUUCAUGGACAGGGAAAGACUGCAUUGGAAAUGUUCGAUGAGAUGAAAUGUUACGGUAUGGAACCAAACGAGAGUACCUUUGUCUCUGUGUUGACUGCUUGCAGUGUUUCAGGCAUGGAGGAUGAGGGAUGGAAGCAGUUCAAUUCAAUGCAACAAGAGUAUGGUAUGGUUCCACAGAUUGAGCACUAUGGAUGCAUGACUGAUCUUCUGGGCCGGACAGGUGACCUUGGAAAGGUAUUCCAGUUUAUUGAAAACAUGCCAAUAGCUCCAACAUCCAGGAUUUGGGGUUCCUUACUGACUGCUAGCAGAAACAAGAAUGAUAUUGAUAUAGCAGAAUAUGCAGCAGAGAGGAUAUUCCAACUGGAACAUAACAACACAGGAUGCUAUGUUGUUCUGUCUUCCAUGUAUGCUGAUGCCGGGAGAUGGGAGGAUGUAGAGAGGAUAAGAUCUCUGAUGAAGGAGAAGGGGUUCCGAAGGACAGAAGCAAGAAGCCUUGUCGAGCUUCAUGAUAAAGAGUGCAGUUUUGUCAAUGGGGACAUGUCUCACCCUCAGAGCCAGGAAAUUCAUGAAUUCUCAGAUAUUCUUUCAAGAGAGAUCGGGGAAACUUUUGAUAGUCCAAGUAAUCUCAGCGAUUCGGAUCCUUUCACAUCAAGGAGAACAGUGCUGCCCAAUAAGCAUAGUGUAAGGCUGGCUGUUGCCUUUGGCCUGAUAUCAUCUGAGGCUGGAGCUCCCGUUCUUGUCAAGAAGAAUGUGCGUGUAUGCAACGACUGCCAUCGUGCACUGAAGUUGAUAUCAAAAUACUCAAGUCGGAAGAUUAUUGUGGGUGACACAAAGAUUUAUCACGUAUUUUCAGAUGGCUCCUGUUGUUGUGGUGACUACUGGUGAAUUGUUAUUUACCUACAGUUGAUGGAAUGCCUGAAUGAACUUCUGGACGAGCAACGCAGUGCCUGGAUGCAGAACACCCCCAGGCACAGCGUCCCAUAAAACUGGUACAUGGUAUGACCUACUGGGACAUCCAUUCUGAGGUGCUCGUGGCCUGGCUCAAGGGAACAGCAUUUUCCCCCCUUUUGACAUAGCUAGGGGAAAUAAUGUGACUUACUAGUACUGAUUACAGUUUUGAUACGUGAACCAAAUGUAAUCUUUUGUAGCAGUUGAUAGUAACAUGAUGUACAAAGUCGAUUCUUUUCAAGUGAAAAGACUCUGAAUUACAGGUAA